GACAACUGGAGUAUACACUCUUUAUUCAAUAGGUUAUGCGGGUAUUGCAUUCCUUCAAUCAAUUUUAGCACCGAUUAAUUUGGUUGAUUGUCAAAUAAAUAGAGUAUGUCAAUCUUUGAAAAAUGAUAUUGAAUUAAAAAUUAAUUCGUUUACAUCUAAUAAUCUAAUUAUUAACAACAAAACUGUUAAACAAAUAAAAUAACUCGAUAGAAGUAUUUAACCUAGCCUAAAAAUUUGUUUACAAUAAUUAUUUCAAAAUUAAUUUGAAACUAUUCAAUUUUAAUAUAACACGUACUUUUUAUUUGUUCAAAUUGUGUACUAUUGAAACAAAAAGAAUAAAAUGUUGCUGUCACAGAUGAAAUCUUUAUGUAAUUUAUUGUCAGUAAAACAAUUGCUUAGCACUCCAGUAGCGGGAUUGAAAAAUUAUCAACCACCACCACCAAAAAAAAAUAUUGAAUACCCUGACAGAGUGAAGUUGAAACUUGUAGAAAAGGUACCUCAAUAUGGAACAAUAAGACCAUUUAAAAUGCAAAAACGUUUACGAUAUAUUAGAGGUCCAGAAACGGUGCACACUGAACUUCUUCAUCAACAAUUUGGUAUUGUUGCUAUUCGAGGAGGUCGAAUGAAACAUGAGCACUUUGAAACAGCGAGGAUGACUUUUGCGAAAAGAUUUAAAAAAAUAAAAAAUCUUUUUGCAUUUUGGCGAGUCGAUCCUCCAUGGCAACCUGUUACAAAAAAGGCACUUGGUCAUAAAAUGGGUGGAGGAAAAUCACCUAUUGAUCAUUAUGUCACUCCUGUAAAAGCUGGCCGAAUUAUUUUAGAAGUUGGAGGAGAUAUUGAAUACUAUCAGGUCCAAAAAGUAAUGGAAAACAUAGCUAUGAAAAUGCCUUUCCCUGCUAAAGCAGUAACUUAUGAAAUGAUGAUGGCUGAACAAGAAGAAGAAGAGAGAUUGGAAAGAGAAAAUUUGAAUCCUUACACUUGGAAAUAUAUUAUUCAAAAUAAUUUAGGUGGUUGUCAUAACUGGAUAACACCUACUGAUAAACGUUAUUUCAAUAAGCAUUUGUAAUAUUUAAAAAAUUUAAUUGUUUUUCUAAUUAAUAAAAUAUAAGUAAUCAAUU